CCGAAUUUCGCCCGAGAGAGCUCUGCGAUCCCGAGUCAGAUCUAUUCGAUUCCAAUGAAUUGUUACAUGCGCCUUUUUAAUUGCAUCCUACCGCAACGCGCGAAUUUCAUGUGUUAGGACGGAUCUACUUUGAUCAAUUUAUCAACAUGCCUGCCAUCAACAACGCCGUUGUCGCUCGCGACACCCUCAGCCACAUCGUCCGCCGUGAGAACUGGGCUCAACAAGAAGCUGGCGUUAUUGUCGUCUUUUGCAUCGUUUUCGUCGUCGCUGUUGGCUUGAUCGGUCUCUGGAUAUCCAAGGCUGUUGCCAAGCGAAGAGCCACGAAGGCCGCCAUCCCCGCAUAGGGGUUGUGAAACGAGAACAUCAGUAACGUGUUACAUAUUUCGAUUCGACAACCCGUCCGUCCCUCACGAAUAUGGCGUAUCGUAUUCGAGGGACUUGGGACCUGAAGUUGGUGGUCCAAGAAAGUUAGCCAUGUCUUGCGUUACAUGCUCAACAUACCACUUAAUGGACUCUUAUCAAGAGGUUUUACGAAUAUCUGAGGCCUUUCGUUUU